GGGAGGGUGGAGGGAGGGAUAGUGGAGGUGGCUGGCUCUCUGCCCAGCUGCAGCACUCCAGCCAAGGCGGGACAGGCUCUGUGGCACCCUUCGCUCUGCUCUGUGUGGGGCAGAGGGUCGGAGCCCUUGGGACAGGAUGAGGCGCCUGCUCUGGGCUGGCUGCAGCCAGCUGCUGCCCCGGGAAGCCAGGCUCUGCGCUUCUAAGAUGUCAGGGGCUGCUGCAGCAGCCGCCCUACGCCACAGUCUGUGGCCCCCGGCUCUUCUGGCCGCCUCCGGCUCCUCGCCCAGUGUGUCCGUGGGGCUCCUCCUGCACCCGGCCCCAGGGCAUGGGGCCCCAUGCCGCUGGGGCUCGCAGUUCAACCUGCCCCCCUGUGCCCAGCUCGUGGCCCGGCCCGUGGGGGUCUGCUCCAUGAUGAAACUGCCUGUUCAGGUGUCAGCAGAGGGACUGGACGCAGCUUUUGUUGGUGUCCCUCUAGACACGGGCACAUCCAACCGGCCGGGAGCCAGGUUCGGUCCGCGCCAGAUCCGGGCCGAGUCCGUGAUGGUGAGGAGGUACAACGCCAGCACCGGGGCAGCGCCUUUCGACUCCUUGCAGGUGGCUGACAUUGGGGAUGUGAACGUGAACCUCUACAACCUGCCUGACAGCUGCCGCCUCAUCCGAGAGUCCUACCAGAGGAUAGUGGCCUCGGGCUGUGUGCCCCUCACCUUGGGUGGAGAUCACACCAUAACAUACCCCAUCCUGCAGGCUGUGGCAGAAAAGCAUGGUCCUGUGGGACUGGUGCAUGUGGAUGCUCACACCGACACUGGAGACAGAGCCCUGGGGGAGAAGAUAUAUCACGGGACCCCGUUCCGGCGCUGUGUGGAGGAGGGGCUGCUGGACUGCAGCCGUGUGGUCCAGAUCGGCAUCCGGGGCUCCUCCUAUGACCCCCAUCCUUACAAGUACUGCCAGGACCAGGGUUUCCGGGUGGUCCUGGCUGAAGAGUGCUGGGGGAGGUCGCUGGUGCCGCUGAUGGGCGAGGUGAGGAAGCAGAUGGGGGACAAGCCGGUGUACAUCAGUUUCGAUAUUGAUGGACUAGACCCCGCCUAUGCCCCAGGCACCGGAACGCCGGAGAUAGCCGGGCUCACACCUGCGCAGGCUUUGGAGAUUAUUCGUGGCUGCAAAGGACUGAACAUAGUGGGAUGUGACCUUGUGGAAGUUGCACCAAUGUACGAUGUCUCUGGUAACACAGCCCUCCUGGGGGCGAACCUGCUGUUUGAGAUGCUGUGCGUUCUCCCCCGCGUGAAGACAACGUGAGGGCAGCUCCCGCCUGCCCCGGGGUGAUGCAACUCCGAUGUCUGCUGAGGCUUUCUGUGUCCUGUUCCCCUCAACCCGUCGCAGCAAAGGCGGGCUUUGCAGUAAGGAAUAAGUGCCAUUUACCACUAGAAAAGGUAAUUUCAGGCUGAUAAACUGUGGUAGCAAAUG